AGCGACAGCCCGGGAGGGAGGUGAAGGUCGGCCUGGUUUUCAGCACUCCCGGGCUGGGCAAGAGAGUGAAAGAAGAGUGAAGAGAGUGUGAGACCGGGCCGUGGCCUCGCGGUCUAGCCGCUCUCCCUCCUAGACCUGCCCCGCUUGUUUGGAUUUAAUCUUCAGGUUGCCGGCGCCCGCCCGCCGGCCUCGCGGAGUGAGGGGAAGCGCUCGCGCCUGUGGCUGGCGCCUGCCGAGUCCGGACACCCGCCCGUCCUCUUCGCUUGCCCGCGGCAGCCGCGUCCCUGAACCGCGGGGUCGUGUUUGUGUUUGACCCACGGGCGCCGGCAGCGGGGCGCGCGGCCGAGGCCAGUGCCGGCGGGGCGGGGCGGGCGCGGCAGAGGCGGAGGAAGAGGGAGCAGAAUCCCUGGGAGGCAGGGCGCCGCCAUGGAACUGGGCCCGGAGCCCCCGCACCGCCGCCGCCUGCUCUUCGCCUGCAGCCCCCCUCCCGCACCGCAGCCCGUCGUGAAGGCGCUGUUCAGCACGCCAGCCGCCGGGGGCCUGUCGCCUGUCACCAACCUGACGGUCACCAUGGACCAGCUGCAGGGUCUGGGCAGUGAGUAUGAACAGCCACUGGAGGUGAGGAAUAGCAGUCUGCAGAGAAUGGGCUCCUCCGAAUCAACUGAUUCAGGCUUCUGUCUGGAUUCUCCUGGGCCCUUGGAUAGUAAAGAAAACCUUGAAAAUCACAUGAGGAGAAUAAAUUCCCUGCCUCAGAAGCUCUUGGGGUGUAGCCCAGCUCUGAAGAGGAGCCAUUCUGAUUCUCUUGACCAUGAUGUCUUUCAGCUAAUUGACCAGGAUGAGAACAAGGAAAACGAAGCCUUUGAGUUUAAGAAGCCAGUAAGACCUGCAUCUCGAGGCUGCCUGCAUGCUCAUGGACUGCAGGAGGGUAAAGAUCUCUUCACACAGAGGCAGAACUCUGCCCCAGCUCGGAUGCUUUCCUCAAAUGAAAGAGAUGGCAGUGAACCAGGGCAUUUCACUCCUUUUUUUAUGCCUCAGUCCCCUGUGACUGCCACUUUGUCUGAUGAGGAUGAUGGCUUCAUGGAUCUUCUCGAUGGAGAGAAUCUGAAGAAUGAUGAAGAAACCCCGUCCUGCAUGGCAAGCCUCUGGACAGCUCCCCUUGUCAUGAGAAGAGCUACAAACCUGGGCAAUCGUUGCAAGCUGUUUGACUCCCCUUCCACGUGUAGCUCCACCAUCCCGUCAACGUUGAAAAGACCAGACCGAUCGCAAGAGGAGUCCCCACGUGGAAAUAGGAAGCGGAGGAAGAGCGUGGCUGGGGCCAGUCCCGAAGAGGCAGCUAGUCCAAAGAAGCCCCAGGAGAUUCUACAUCAGUCUUUAUGCCUGGUAUCUUCCCCAAAAGGGACCAUUGAGAAUAUUUUGGAUAAUGACCCAAGGGACCUUAUAGGAGACUUCUCCAAGUGUUACCUCUUUCAUACAGUUGCUGGAAAGCAUCAGGAUUUAAAAUACAUCUCUCCAGAAAUUAUAGCGUCUGUUUUGAGUGGCAAGUUUGCCAACCUCAUUAAAGAGUUUGUUAUCAUUGACUGCCGAUACCCAUAUGAAUAUGAGGGAGGCCACAUCAAGGGUGCAGUGAACUUGCACAUGGAAGAGGAGGUUGAAGACUUCUUACUCAAGAAGCCCAUCGUACCUACGGAUGGCAAGCGUGUCAUCGUGGUGUUCCACUGCGAGUUUUCUUCUGAGCGAGGCCCUCGCAUGUGCCGAUAUGUGAGAGAGAGAGAUCGGCUUGGUAACGAGUACCCCAAACUCCAUUACCCGGAGCUAUAUGUCCUGAAGGGCGGAUAUAAGGAGUUCUUCCUGAAAUGCCAGUCUCACUGCGAGCCCCCCAGUUACCGGCCCAUGCACCAUGAGGACUUUAAAGAAGACCUGAAGAAGUUCCGCACCAAGAGCCGGACCUGGGCCGGGGAAAAGAGCAAGAGAGAGAUGUAUAGCCGUCUGAAGAAGCUCUGAGGGUCUCAGUGCCAGACAGCAACAGCCUGAGCCUCCCUCCCUACCCCCCUCCCCUCUUUGCUACAGAGAAACUGGAGCAAAGGGGCCAGCCAUGUGACAUUUGGAGAGAAGGCGUGAGGCUUCCAUGUCUUAAACCUACCUCCCACUCUCCCAGGGUUGGAGCCCAGAGCAUCCUGCUGGCUCUUCUGUCCCUGUAAGUUGUCCUCCUUCUGCAACAGGACGGUCUGCCAAGGCUGUCACGUGCCACAGCACAGUUCCAAGCACCAAGUCAAGAUGUUCUGACUCCUCAUCCCCCACAGCUGGAUGAGCCGCCUGGGCCUCGUUGGGCAAUGGCCUUCUCUCCUGAGGGGGGAGGGGUAGGAGAGUCCGAGUGGAGAGAAGACUCACAAAUGCUGCUGGCCAAAUACCAAAGACGGCCUGCAAAGGAAAGGUCUUUGUGGGAUAACCCAUAUCAUUAAUUUAUUCAACUUCAUCAGUCACUUUCUUUUCUUUCUUUUUUUGUAAUCAACUCCUGGAGACUUUUAUUUAACUGCUUCUUUAAGUUACAAUACUGCCAUCCUAGGUGGGGUUUUAUCAUCCCAGGGACUACCUCUGCCUUUAAUUUUUAAAAAAAAAGAAAAAGGGAGGGGGAAGAAGGACAUGAGUUGUGGGACAGAGAACUAGGCACUCUGUCACCCCCAGGAGGUGCUGCAGUACUGGGGCUGCUGCUAUUAAUAUACAGCCAAGGACUGAGAUACUGGUGGGAGCAGGCCCCAGACUCAGGCUUGGCUACAGGACAUAAGCUAAACCUCCCAGACCUACCUCGAAGGCCCCUGAGAUCUACUGGGGUGACCCUGCUUGCUGUGAUGUUGCUGGUCUAGGAGUCACGGUCAGGAAAGCACUUGAGGCAGCUUCCAUUGGGCCACCCCCAGGUCAGUGUUGGAACAUGGUAGAGCAGGUAUCCCAGUGUAGGCGGGCAGGGAUGGGGGGCUCUGCCAGAUAAGGGAAGGGAGUAUAUAUUGAGUGUCUUUCUUCUAUUACUCUGAUACUCUUUGAUUGCUUCUAUUUUAAUUUUUUAAAAAUAGUCAUUCUAUGAGUCAAGGAGUAUCAAAUCAGUGUUGGCUGGGCCACCCAAGGUUGGGGAGAGGGGCUGGAAGCCCUGGGCUUUAGAAGGGAGUGGGUGCUGGCAGAGAUGACUAUAGAAUGUGUUUCUCAGGAGGCGGUGUGGUGGAUUUUGCAGGUAAAAGUUUGAGUUUAUCAUGUUUUAAUUUGAGGGACAGGGAGAGAUGGAUCAUCACCAGUUGCCCCUCAUCUCAUCCCACAGAAGUAGGGGUCUCAAAGGAACACCUCCCAAGGAGCUGGGGCUGAGUUGAUUGAUUCUAGACAGGCCUGUUUGGUUCUUGCUCAUCCCCACCCUUAGGCGCUGGCUUCCUCACCAUCUUUGCUCCAUUGGGGUAUAGCAAAGUUUUUCUUAUAUAGCAGAUUCAGUCUCCCCUCUUGCCCUGGCUUCCUGUUCUGCAGGCAGGGAGAGAAUCAGUGAUACUGGAGAUGACUGGUUGCUGUGUUAUGGGUUUGAGUUGCAUUUGACUAUAAAACAAUCUUGUUAGAAAAAGUAUGUGGGGAGGAGGGGAGCAGGGGGAGAAGGCCUCUUCCCCCACACACAUUGAGACACAUCUUAAUUAGUCUGUAAUCUUGUUUGUAGGGAUUCUGUUGGUUGAAUGCCUGAAAAGGGAGGUGGGAUGGCCUUCAGAAUGUACCAGCUUAGUAACACUGGUAACCAACUGUUGCAGGCUCUGAAAAUAAAAACAAUCUUGAACCCA